AUGUCGAAGGUGCUUUCGAGUCCAACCGUCUCAUCGUCUCUACCGGCAGCCUCCCACGAUCUCCCAGUCCUGUCGAAAAGCAAGGACAUGCUGCCGUCCAGUGCUGCCAAGCCGCCGGGUCAGGUAGCUCGUCGAAACGCCCGAGAACGGAACCGAGUUCGGCAGGUUAACAUGGGCUUCGUCACGUUGCGCAAUCACAUUCCUAACAGUGGCAAAGCGAAGAAGCUGAGCAAGGUAGAGACGCUGAGAUCCGCCGCAUGCUACAUUCGGUAUCUGAAAGAUUUGCUGACCAACAGUGACGGUUUGUGCCCUCAGUUUGACCAGUCCUCGCAGGAAAUUCUGCAAAGUCUGCAAAGUUUCCCUACGUGUUCCUUCUCGACACCGAAUUCGGCCGCUUCUACGCCAGCCUACGGUUUCCAGCCGAGCAGCACUCCCGACCCGUCAAACUGUUGCUACGAAGAUUACUCGUUCCACUCUGAAUCUUCGUUUCUUCCUCACUCGCAGCGAUUCUGCACUCCGUACCCUAGCGGUGACAACAAUGCCAAAAACACUUUCUCAGGUCUCCUGCUGCCAAAGCCGCCACCGUCAGGAAGCUUCUCUGAAGGUUCUUCUGGAGGCAGUUUUGCAUCAGAACCUGGCUAUGAGUACGCUACCGCCACCGCCGCUACCACUAACGUUAACGCCGCUCCGAAUUCACUACCUGAACAGUGUCAAUACGGUGGUCAGUUCAGCCACCUGAUGCCAUUGUACUGA